AUGUCUUACAAUACAUUACGGUUUGACAGUGACCUGGUAACCUAUUAUAGGAAUCUUUUUCCAUUCAAACCUUAUGUUAAAUGGCUUCAAUAUGGUCAAAAGCCAUCCGAGUAUUUUUGUCGCCGUGAGUUUGCAUUCAUUCUUGCUGACGACGUUCACUUACGUUAUAAAAGUUUUAACGAUGUUCUCUCAUUUCAAAAAGAUUUAAUAGCUACUCACCCUCAUAAACUUGAUGUUGGCGCUGUUUAUAAUCAUAUGCCAAAAGAUCAUCGAAAACAUACGGAUUUUCAAGCAGUUGAAAGAGAGCUCGUAUUCGAUAUCGAUUUGACGGAUUAUGAUACAAUUCGAACGUGCUGCAAGGACGCAAAAGUUUGCCCCAAAUGCUGGAAAUUUGUUGUUCAAGCCGUGAAAAUUUUGGAUUGCCUUCUCGAACAGCAAUUUGGAUUCAAGGCUCGUCUUUGGGUUUUCUCGGGUCGUCGCGGAGUCCAUUGCUGGAUUGGAGACAAGAAAGCUCGACAACUUCAUAGUACUGCUAGAUCAGCAAUAGCGACGAGAUUGAACUUGUUCAAGAAGCACAACAAGGUUGAAGUAACGGAAGGUAAGAAAAAGUUGACUGUGAAUCCACCGCAUGUAACGCAAGCGUAUAAAGCUGCCAUGAAAGGAACAACAUUCUCCGAAAUGGUGAUUGAACAAGGUUGGUUAAAUGACGCCGAAGUUGUUUUUGAGUAUCAAUAUAUGACCUCGGCGGGAAAAAUGGCUUUGCAGGAAUACUUGAGAAGCGUUGAUACUCCAGAAUGUCGUUGGAAACUUCUUCUUCGGCUCUACGACGAUGAUACUCGCAAGGAAUUGCAGGAAAAUGGUGACAAUGUGCCGCCGCCGGCGUUUGGAAGAGACAAGAAUGUUCUCAAGUAUUUUGUGCUUCAAAGAUGUUAUCCACGAUUGGAUGUUAAUGUUUCCACGGGAACAAAUCAUUUGCUGAAAUCGCCUUUUUGUAUUCAUCCAAAGACUGGAAAUGUCGCUGUGCCUUUGAAUGUUGACGAUAUUGAGAAUUUCGAUGUUGAGAAUUGCCCAAGAAUUGACCAUCUCGUGAAUGAAUUGAAGGAUUUCGAGGAAGGAAAUGAAGAAAAUAUGUCAGAAAACGGAGGCAUUUCGAGGAAAGUGUUAGCUUACAAGCACACAAGUCUCGCACCGUAUGUCGAAACAUUUGAAAAAUUUGUCCAACUUGCAAUUGUAUCAUGA